UCUCUCUCUCUCUUUUUUUCCUUUUUCUUUUGUCUUCUUUGCUUUUGUUGUUGUUUGGGUUCUUCUGUUUAUUGUCUCUCUCUCUCUCUCUCUUUUCUCUUUCCCUCUCUACAAACCUUCCCUCUGGUCUUGUGCUUGUUUGGAUUCCAUCCUUCGCAACCCACUGAAUAAUCCUAUCUAUUUCCGCCUGCUGUUUAAUUUCUUCCGCAACCGGGGGUAACGCUCCGGAUAAAUGCUAGCUGCCGGAGUUGGAGGACCACCACAGCGCACCCAGAUUUCUUUAGGAUUUCCUAAUUGGAGUUGAGAGUGAAACUACCAACAAUCAUCUUUUGCAGGUUUUAACUCCUGAUACAGGUACUGAAGAAAAUAGCCCCCGUCGGUCGGGGAAAGAAGGGCGAAAAUGCCUUAGUUGAUUUUGAGCAGAAAGCCUGACGAAAAUGAGAAAACAGCUGAAGCAGCGAGUUUAGACGGCGACAAGGUUUAAAUCGAUGGAUAAUACUGCGACCACAACCACUACGCCGAGAUCAGUAAUUAUUGUUCCGCGAAGCAAAUCCCAAGCCGCCUGCCGCAGAGUAAUGCCGACUUCACUUUCCGAGGGCAACUCAGCUAAUAUUCUCGAGAAGCGUCUCCCCAACGGGGAUCUGUACAUAGGUACGUUCUCCAACAACACGCCUCAUGGAUCGGGGAAGUAUUUGUGGAAAGACGGGUGUAUGUACGAAGGGGAGUGGAAGAAGGGCAAAGCCAGCGGCAUGGGAAAGUUCUCCUGGCCGUCUGGUGCGACUUUUGAAGGCGAGUUCAAGUCGGGUCGAAUGGAGGGUAUGGGCACUUUUAUCGGACCCGACGGGGAUAUGUACAAAGGGGCAUGGUCCGGGGAUCGGAAACAUGGCUACGGGGUUAAGCAUUACAGUAAUGGGGAUUACUAUGAAGGGUACUGGAAGAGGAACUUGCAGGACGGGCAAGGGCGGUAUAGGUGGAGGAAUGGGAAUGAGUAUGUCGGGGAGUGGAAGAAUGGGAUGAUUCAUGGAAGGGGCGUUUUGGUUUGGAAAAACGGGAAUAGGUAUGAUGGGAAUUGGGAGAACGGGGUUCCCAAAGGUCACGGCGUUUUCACUUGGCCCGACGGGAGUUGUUACAUCGGUUGCUGGUCGAAUGAUUCGUGUAAAAACGGCAAUAGAGCUCAAGUCUUGAAUGGUACCUACUACCCCGCCCGCAACAGCAACAACAGCAAUGGAGAUGGGACUGGGAAUGGUGAUGGAUUGAAAGGGUUUUUAAGCCCUAAGCUAUCUGCCCCCUUAAUGGUUGUGGGCGAUGUGAAUGUAAACGCUAUGAUUGGGGAUGGUGUGGGGAAGAAGAGGUCCUCUGUGGAUGGAGGCAUGGCGGAAAGGCCUUUUCCAAGAAUUUGCAUCUGGGAAUCAGACGGGGAAGCUGGGGAUAUCACUUGUGAUAUUCUUGAUAACGUUGAGGCUUCGAUGCUGUACAGAGAUGGCUUUGCUUUGGAUCGAGAUGGCAUCAAGCUGUUUAAGAGGGAUCCUAGUUGUUUUCAUUUUGGGGAGGCCAAGAAGCCCGGACAGACAAUAACCAAAGGGCACAAGAAUUAUGAGCUGAUGCUCAAUCUCCAGUUGGGUAUAAGGUAUUCUGUUGGGAAGCAUGCGUCAAUGCUUCAGGAUCUUAAGCCUACUGACUUUGAUCCCAAGGAGAAGAUAUCCACAAGGUUUCCACCUGAGGGGUCGAAAACAACGCCACCUCAUCAAUCGACUGAAUUCCGAUGGAAGGAUUAUUGUCCUUUGGUGUUUAGACAUUUGAGGAAGCAAUUUCAAAUAGAUCCUGCACAUUACAUGUUAGCCAUUUGUGGCGACGAUGCACUGAGAGAGCUGUCGUCUCCUGGGAAAAGCGGAAGUGUGUUUUACUUAACACAGGAUGAUCGGUUCAUGAUCAAAACUGUGAAGAAAUCGGAAGUCAAGGUGUUGAUUAAGAUGCUUCCUAGUUAUUUUCAACACAUCAAGCGAUAUGAGAAUUCUCUGGUAACAAAGUUCUAUGGAGUGCAUUGUGUCAAGCCAGUCGGCGGUGUCAAGACUCGGUUCAUUGUAAUGGGCAACUUGUGCUGCUCAGAGUAUCGGAUUCAUAGAAAAUUUGACCUCAAAGGAUCAUCUCAUGGGCGCAUGACAGAUAAGCCUGAGAAAGAUAUUGAUGAAACCACAACACUGAAGGAUCUUGACCUCAAUUAUGUUUUUCGAGUGCAGAGCAAUUGGUUUCAAGACUUGAUGAAACAAAUUGAUCACGAUUGUGAAUUCCUCGAGAGGGAGCGAAUAAUGGAUUAUAGUCUCUUAGUUGGUAUCCAUUUUCGCAGAGAUAAUACUGGGGACAAAUUUGGCUUGUCGCCUUUUCUGCUGCGGACAGGGAAGAGCGAUUCGUAUCAAAAUGAAAAAUUCAUGCGAGGCUGCCGUUUCCUUGAAGCUGAACUACAGGACAUGGAUCGAGUUUUAGCCGGAAGGAAGCCAUUGAUAAGGCUGGGAGCUAACAUGCCAGCCCGGGCAGAGCGAGUUGCUCGGAGGAGCGAUUUUGAUCAGUACACUCCCGGCGGAUUCAGCCAGUUGAGACCUCGACGAAGUGGUGAGAUCUAUGAAGUUGUCCUCUACUUUGGAAUCAUCGACAUUCUACAAGACUACGACAUCUCCAAGAAGCUCGAACAUGCAUACAAAUCGUUACAAGCUGACCCGACCUCCAUAUCAGCCGUCGAUCCAAAAUUGUAUUCAAAGAGGUUCCGGAACUUCAUUAGAAGAACAUUUGUUGAGGACGGAUGAAGCAAUGUAGUCCAGAAUGAAUCGCCCAUGCACUCUACAGUGGAAGUAACUCUGGAGGAUUUUGAUUGACUCUAUUGGCUGGCUUUGAGAACCAAAGUUGUUGAGGUCAGUGAGUGAGUGAGACAGGAAUUGGAGGUGUGGGACAAGUGAAUUUUGAGUGGAUCGAUCUGAUUGAUCGUAUUUGGGGGUAGAUUUGGUGUUGGGCAUUGGAAAUGUGCAAGGAUUGGCAUUGGGAUUCGUUCUUGUAAUUGAUGUAAAAAAAAAAAAAAAAAGGAAAAA